CUAAGACAGUGGAUGGAAAUAAUAAAGUCUUCACUUAUUCAAAUAUCUUCUGUUUUCCACUCAUUAAUCUGCAACCUUGCCCCCUUUUCCCAUUUUCUUCCGCCGCGCUACUAUUGACUCUAACUCCUUGAACUAUACAAGACGCUCAUUAUGCAGCUCAGUCGCACUUUUACGGUCACCCUCAUCUUCGCCCUGGCAUCUACCGUCCUUGCAAAUCUCGAUAGUCCGAAUCGAGGCGCAGAAACUGCAGUCAAAGCUCGCGACGCGAUAACAGCAACUUGGAAAGAAACUGGGUCUCUCACACCUGACCUAUACCCCAGGAUUAACGAAAGUGAAGCCGAUGUGGAUAUGCAGAAACGAAAACUCGCUGCGGAUCCAUACGCAGUCCCUUAUCCCCUGCAGACUGGCCCGACUAGAUAUGCCCCAAUGGCCAAGAAACCUGGAACUGCGAUCGCGACAACUCCGCCAACGCCCCAGUUUCCGUCCAGCCCGUACAUAGUUGCUACAAAGUAUAUGUCACCAGGAACCGUUGAGACAACACUUACUGCUUCUGAGACAGAGUCUGUUACUAUGGUUGAGAACACGGCUGCGCCUGCACAGCAUCCUUAAGACUUGUGAAUAUCAAAUAGUUCUGGCGCUGAGGGUUGAUUUUGGAAUUAGGUUGUGGGCAAAUUGAAAACUUUCUCGGCGUGAGCUCUCGGACACAUGAGUACCUGUCGGUUCAAAAUAAUGUGUAGGUGAUGAAUUGAUCUCCCUUGUUUAUAUUUAUUCCACGAGUUUUUAUCACUCUU